AUGUAUGGUGAUGGUGUGACUGAUAGUAUGACUGAUAGUAUUAUUGAUGGUAUGGUUGAUGGUGUGACUGGUGGUGUGACUAAUGAUAGGGCUGAUAGUAUGGCUGAUAAUAGGACUGAUAGUAUGACUGAUGGUAUUACUGAUGGUUUGGUUGAUGGUAUUACUGAUAGUAUGACUGAUGGUAUUACUGAUGGUAUGGCUGGUAGUAUGACUGAUGGUAUGGCUGAUGGUAUUACUGAUGGUAUGGCUGAUGGUAUUACUGAUGGUAUUACUGAUGGUAUGACUGAUGGUAUGGCUGAUGGUAUUACUGAUGGUAUGACUGAUGGUAUUACUGAUGGUAUGGCUGAUGGUAUUACUGAUGGUAUGACUGGUGGUGUGACUGAUGGUGUGACUGAUGGUAGGGCUAAUAGUAUGACUGAUAGUAUUACUGAUGGUAUGGCUGAUGGUGUGACUGAUGGUAGGGCUGAUGGUAGGGCUGAUAGUAUGACUGAUAGUAUGACUGAUGGUAUUACUGAUGGUAUGGCUGAUGGUGUGACUGACGGUGUGAUUGAUAGUAUGACCGAUUGUGUGACUAUUGGUAUGACUGAUGGUAUUAAUGAUGGUAGGACUGAUGGUGUAAUUGGUUGUAUGACUGAUGGUAGGGCUGGGUGUGACUGA